ACCUGAGCGGAGGCUGCACCGGGGGCCUCAGGUUUCGACCCCACCGCGCCUCUAGCCGCAGCUGCCCGCCGGGCAUCCCAGCCCUUCCGCAGCGAGAGGUGGAGCCGGAGGCUGGGUUGUGGGCUCCAGGUGGGCUCUGGGAGGGAUGAAGCAGGCCCUGGUGGACGAUACUGAGGAUGUGUCCCUGGAUUUUGGCAACGAAGAGGAGCUGGCGUUUCGGAAAGCCAAGAUCAGGCACCCGGUGGCCACGUUUUUCCACCUGUUUUUCCGAGUAAGUGCCAUCAUCACCUACGUGGGCUGUGACUGGUUCAGCAGAAGCUUCGUGGGCUGUUUUGUCACCGUGCUUCUCCUCCUGUCCUUCGACUUCUGGUCUGUGAAGAAUGUAACCGGACGACUCAUGGUGGGCCUUCGCUGGUGGAACCAGAUCGACGAAGAUGGGAAAAGCCACUGGAUUUUUGAAGCCAGAAAGGUCUCUCCAAAUACCGUGGCUGCCACAGAGGCGGAAGCUCGGGUCUUCUGGCUCGGCCUCAUCAUCUGCCCCAUGAUUUGGAUCGUGUUCUUUUUUAGCUCCUUAUUUUCCUUGAAGCUCAAGUGGCUGGCCCUCGUGAUAGCUGGGAUUUCUCUCCAAGCCGCUAACCUGUAUGGCUACGUCCUUUGUAAGAUGGGAGGCGAGAGUGACAUCAGCAAAGUCACAGCCAGUUUUCUGUCCCAGACGGUGUUCCAGACGGCCUGUCCAAGAGACUUCCAGAAGCCUGGCCUUGAGGGGCUGGAGAUUCACAAGUAUUAGAGUGAGCGUCUCAUGGCAACGAGGAUCUUCUUGGAGUUUGCAUCUCUCUCCUUUUUAUGUAAUGUUAAAAAACCCUGUAAAUUGUCUGACACUGGAAAUUGCUGGAUAUAGUGAACACACAUUCCUAUACAGGGUGUCGACACUGACCCCCAAAUCUGUUCUCCUGUGGGUGAUCCGAGGGUUUUUUGACUAUGCCCAGCCGUGUGGUGUGCACUGACCUCAGGACAAGCCCCAGCAGGAGGGUCUAUCAAUCACUGCUGUAAUUUUUUCUCCGCCUGAGGAACAGCGUUUGCACUAUGCUGUCUGAAACUGUGACUGAAUAUCUGCAGCGAAGCCACACAU